AUGUCGCAGCAGCACCAGGAGCAGCAGCACGAGCUGCAGCAGCAACAGCAGCAGCAGCAGCAACAUGAGCUGCAGCAAAGGCGCCACAAGCAGCAGCAGCUGCAGCAACAGCAACAGAUGAAGCAACUAGAUGCUGGUGAACCGUGCGGCGUCACUGCUACAAACAACAGCAGACAUUUGUCAGAACCGCAGCAUCAGCAGCAGCAGCAUCAGCAGCAGCAGCAGCAUCAAGAGCAGCAGAAGCAGCAUCAAGAGCAGAAGGCGCAGGAUUACCCGGCGUCGCACAGUGAGCAGCAUGUCUUGCUGCAGCAGCGGGGGCAGGAGCUGGCAGAGCAGCAGCCAGAGCAGGAGCAGCUGCAGCAACAGCAGCAGCAGCAACAGCAGCAACAGCAGCAGCAAGAGCUGCAGCAGCAGCAACAGCAAGAGCUGCGGAAGCAGCAGCAAGAGCUGCAUCAGGAUCAGCAGGAAGAGCUGCAGCAGCCAGAGCAGCAGCACGAGGUGAAGCAGCACGAACUGCAGCAGCAGCAGCAGAAGCAGCAGCAGCAGCAGCAGCACGAGCUGCGGCCUUAUGUCCGCGUACCCCCUCCCUCUGGUGGGGGUUCUGUAUGCGUAGAUGUAGCAGUGCUUGGCUCCAGCCUCUGCAGCACUCUCAUCUGCGCUGCCCUAAGCCGCAGGGGCCUCCUAUGUCUCCUCUGUGAGCCGUCUUUAACUUAUGGGGGCCCCCACCGUAGCAUGCGCCUCGAGGAGCUGCUGCAGUGGGCGGAGGGGGGGCCCGGGCGGGGGCCCCCCUGGGGCCCAUCAGGCUCACCUGGGGGCCCCCCGUGGGGCCCUGAUGACGAGGAAAGGAGACGGUCGCUCAAGAAGGGUUUGCCUCCCUGCCCUUGCUGCUGCCACGACACUGCAGCAGAUAGGGGCCCCUCUGAAAGCCCAAGGGGGGCCUCAGGGAGCGAGCAGGUUGUAGCGCACGAGGAAGCUCCGAGUGGGGGCCCCAAAGGGGCCCCCUGCUCUCCUGGGGAGCCAAGGAGCCCCCGGCUGGGGCAGGAGCAGCAGCAGCAACAGCAGCAGCAGCAACAGCAACAGCAGCAGAAAGACAUACCUGGUUCCCUAGGGAACGCUGGUGUGGGGUUCGCCCGCCUUUUGAGGGCCACGCGGCGCAGGGGCCCCUCCACUGCAGCAGAUAAUCUCCGCGGGGGCCCCCCUGUUGCGGGGGCUGCAUCUGGGGGCCCCGGGGGUCUUGGUCCCUCUGAGGGGGCGGGUGGGGGGCCCCCAGGUUUGGGGGAGGGUCCUGAUGGGGGCCCUGCAGGGCCCCCAGGCCCCCCUGCCCCACCAGGGGCCCCAGGGGCCCCCCAUUUGUAUAGGAAGGGAGAGGGGGGCCCCUUCGGGGACGGGUUUGAACGGCGGUGGUACUGCUUUGGGCCCUUUCUGGAGCCAGCAGAGGCCGUGGGGGGAGAGGAGACACUUGAGGAGGAGGGAGGAGACACUGAAGAAGAGACAGAGACAGAUGCCAGCAGCACAGAUUCAGCUUCAACAGACGCCACAGCAGAGACAAGCUACACUGCAACCACCAGCAGCACCACAGACACUCUACAAACCUCGAGAACCAACAGACCUGCUGCAAGACCCCCGCCGCUGCUGCAGCCCCCUGCUGCUGCUGCUGGCGCUGCUGCUGCUGCUGCUGGUGCUGGUGCCGCUGGGGGGCAUUGGGGUGCGGGGCCCGUCAGCAGCCCCGCGCCUUCGCUCCAGAGGCCCUGUGGAGACUCUCCUGCUAGCGAAAGUUUGCAGCAGCAGCAACAGCAGCCGCAGCAGCCGUUGCUGCUGCAGCAAACCUCCAGCUCCCAUCACGAUCCUCUUACUGCAGCGCUUCAUCACAGGAGACCUGCGGAGAUGCCGCUGGCUGAACUUGGAGGAGACCGCAGCAGCACCCCACUGGCUUCUCCUGCUGAGCCACCUUGUGCUGCAUCUGCUGCAGCAGAAGAAGAAGCAGCAGCGGCGGGAGCAGCAGCUGCGGCGGAAGCAGCAGCAGCAGCAGCGGGACCAGCAGCAGCAGCGGGAGCAGCAGCAGCAACAGCAGACGUGGGCCUGGCGGAGGCGGUCGAGGUGGCAGCGGCGGAAGCGGCAACUGCAGCAGCUCAAGCUGCAACUGCAGCAGCAGCAGCAGCCGCAGCAGACGCGGCAGCAGCAGCAGGGGAACCUCCCGGAAGUGUGGAGGCACAGCGGCUGCAGAUGAAACAUGAAUUGAUGGCAGAGGGGUCUCGCUUCCUUAUAGACCUUAUGCCCAAGUGUAUAUACACCUCAAGCGACAUAAUAGAUGUGCUGCUUGAGAGCGGGGCAGCGAGGUACUUGGAGUUCAAGACCUGCGACGCAGCUGUACUGACAGCAGAGCUGCAGCAGCAGCAGCAGCAAGAAGACGCGGAGGUAGCUGUUGCAGCGCCGGUUGGCUCGCAGCAGCAGCAAGGGCGCGAGCAGCAGCAAGAGCAGGAGGAGCAGCAACACGACGGUGACCGCUCUGCUGCAGCUGCUUCAGUGGUUGUUGGGUUAAAUGCAUUCAUUGCAGCUGAGGCUGCUGCUGCGGACAUGCGCUCGAGGGCCCCCUUCGAGGGGGCCCCCCCGCGAGGGCGGGCCUCAGGGGGAGAGGGGGCCCCCGCUGCUGCACGAGAUGCCUUAGGGGUGUCUCCGCUUAUUGAAAAGAUUGUGCUGGAGCCGACUCCUUUAAGCAAGAGCCAUAUAUUUCAUUUUGCUUCGCUGUCUCUUGCUGAGAGGAGAGCUCUCAUGCGCUUUGUUGCUGCUGCGGGGGCCCCCCCUCCAACCACCGUCAGCGCCCCUUUUGCUUCUGCAGCCAACUGGAGGCCCCAGGGGGCCCCUGCUGCAGCGGCACGAAGCACAGCAGCAGAUGCCGCUGCAACGACAGAUACAGCAGCAACGAAAGCAGCAACUAACCGCGACGAAGGAGAUUGCUGGGACUGCUACCUCGAGCAGCAAGGCUUGAACUCUCACCUGCGGCGGCUGCUGACUUAUGGGGUGUGUCUCUGUGAAGAGCCCUUGCUGCCCGCGGCAGCCGCACCCCCAGCAGCAGCAGCAGCAGGAGCAGCAGCAGGAGCUGCAGCAGGAACAGCAAGGUGCAAGGGUGGACAUGUUCGUCGUUGGAGUGUCUCAGAGGGGCAGAGCCGACUGCAGCUGUUUAUUGCGGGCUGCGGUUUGUAUGGCUGUAAGGGGGCCCCCUUACUGUACCCUCUUUACGGCUCUGGGGACCUGCCGCAGGCCUUCGUACGUGCAGCAGCUCUCAGUGGGGCCCUUUGCAUGCUGGGGGCUGCGGUGGAGAGGCUGCAGUUCGUGGCUCCUCCCACACAGCAGCAGCAGCAGCAGCAAGUGCAGCAGCUGGAGCAAGAGCAGCAGCAAAACCAGCAGCAGGAGCAGCCGCAGAAAGAAAGCCAGCAGGAAGCCGAGACGGACGGGGAGGAAGACGCGGAGGAGCUGUCGUCGAAGCUGCAGCGCAGCAGCAGCAGCUUGGUGCUGCACUGCAGCAACGGCGAGCGGGUGCUUACAAAGCUGCUGCUGUAUGAAGGCGGAGCCCUCCCUGCCCCCAACACAGAGCCCCUCAUCUUGAGGAAACAGGCCCAAGCCUUCUACCGUUCGUGCUCCUCUGUCCAGCAGCAGCAGCAGCAGCAGCAACAGCAGCAGCAGCAACAACAACAGCAGGACCAGGACCAAGAACAGACGCAAGAUAGUAGUAGCACAACUGAAAUGGAAGGCAGCGGAGUGAACGCUACAGCAGCAGCCCCGACAGCAACAGCAGCAGCAGCUGAGGCAGCAGCAGCGGCUGGGCAGGCCGCUGCAGCGGCAACGCGAGCUAGCGAAACAUCAACGAAGGCAAAUGCCGUAGAAGAUGCAGAACCGUCAGGAGGAGCAGCAACAGGCGCAGCAGCAGCAACAGCAACAGAAACAGGGGCCGCAGCAACAGCAACAGCGGCCGCAACAACAGCAGCAGCAGCAGCAACAGCAGGAGGCAGCAAGGAGAUGGCAGUGGCCCCGUCGUGCUGCCGCCUGCUUGCAAUAUGUACAGAGCCUGUCUUAGGAGGUCCUGGCUUUAGAAUGGGUGUUGUUGUCGCGCAUGCAGCCUGCAGUGACACCCCACCGCGUGCUGCUGCUGCUGCUGAAGAUUCCGGCAGCUCCAACAGCAGCACCAACACCAGCAGCAGCAGCAACAGCCACGCUGAGGCCGAGCUGCCCGUACAUGUGCUGCAGACCGACUCAGCAAGUGCCGUUACCCCUAAGGGGUAUUUCUUGCUGCACUUAUCUCAUGUUUGUUCUGCUGCAGUUCGUUGCUGCAGCGAUUUUCCGCCUGGACAGCAGCUGCAGCAGCAGCAGCAGGUAUUCCCUGCGGCUGCUUCCGCUGCCCCCGGUGCAUGCGGCUGCUGCAGCAAUGGGACGGGUCGUUUCCGUUGUAUUGGGGGAGGGGUACAGGAGUCAGCAGCAGCACGGGGUGUACGUACAGCUACUUGCGGCUGCGGGGUUGAUGUGCACUGCUGCUCCGUCCUGCUGCGGGUCCUGAGGGCUCUGUUGCGAUCUGCAGGAGGCCUCCGUAGCUGCUACUUUCUCUGUUCGUUUCGGUAUACUCAACAUGUUGCUGCAGCAGCAGCAGCAGCAGCCGCAGCAGCAUCUGCAAUAGUGCCAUUGCCUCUUCCUGCUGCACUGUCACAGCCUCAGCAGCAGUUGCAGCAGCAGCAGCAACAGCAGCAAGCCCAGUCAGAUGCAGCCGCAGCAGCAACGGUGAUGGCUGCAGCGAGUAACGGUGACGGAGCGGCUUUACCUGAAGAUGCAGCAGCAGCAGCAGCAGCAGCAGAAGCUGGGGAUGUUAAAGAGCAGGAGGAGGACCCCGAGUUGCUGCUGCUGGGGGCAGCAAAGACGAGGAGCAGCAGCGGGACGGUGCUUUCAACAUCAGCAGCUCCGUGUGGGGUUUUGUCUCUUCCAGAUGCUUGCGUGUCUCCUUGCUUCAUGCUGCUGCAGGAGUGUGAGGGGGCGCGCCUAAUGGUGCAGGAGCUGUUGCAGCAGCAGCUGCAGCCGCAGCAGCUGAUAGGGAAGGGCCCCCAAGAGAGUAUAGAUGAAGGAGAAGGAGACACCACGAAGGGACUCGAUGACACCCUGCAGCAACUCACCGAUCUCUUGCAGGCGCAGCAGGAAGCAGCAGCAGCAACCCCACCCUAG